AUGGCUCAAGGGGUGGCGGUGAAAAGGAGGGUCAAUGAGGCUGAGCGCGAGCCACGUGACUUCCCGCUGGACUUGCGAAUCGCAAUGUCGCUCGCCAUCCGAUCCGUCCUGUCUCUUGUGCAUCGUUAG